UUUUACGUAAGUACUAGACAUAAUUUUCAUUAAGCUCACAUUUCUGCAUUAAAAUUGUUUUCUACUGGUCAGAUGUAAUAUUCUAAUUUUCAAUACCCAAUUUACAUGAGUUGUAAGGAGAAAAUCAUCAGCCUGUACACCUGUAAAGACUCAUCAAACAAUGAGUAAACCUAAGGUUUUUCCAAGUAAUGCUUAGCAGCACAACAUUCUAUUUGCAAUGUUUUGUGUUUGUCACUCACUUUCCUACGAUUGGAUUUAAGAAAGUAAGUGCACCACAAAAUGUGGUUAGUGAACAUCCCCACCCACACGCUGUGGGAGACGUGACGUAUGAGGCUGUUAACAAAAUACACUGUAGCAUGAAAGGGGAAUGCUUUAACUCAUACAGGUUAAAAAGGUCAAGUUGUUAAUCCUCCUGCAGGCAUGUUUUUUAAUCAACAGUGUGUUCCUCAAGGCUCUCAUGGCCCCUCAAUAAGAUGCUUAAGUUAGGAAGAAACAAGACAAUGUGAUAAAAAAUAAGUGCAUUUACUCUAUGCAUUCAAAACAUUCCUGAAACAGCCUUCUUUUAUCCUGAAUCGCUGUUUAAAUGUUUUAGCAGUAAGUACGGACCUUAUCAGAUUUCUGUGCCAGUCUGAAGAUGUCACACCUGUUCAUGACAAUGAACCAAUCAGGUAUGACCUUUUGUUGUUCCAAUAAGCACUACCAGCCUUAAAUCAAAUCAGCUUUAUUAUUCAGAGACGUGUGUAUGCUGCACAUCCCCAAAGAUAUGCAAUAAUAUCUUUGGAUUAUUGCAUCUCUGCUUUGCAUAUGUUUUAUUGCAAUAUGUACAUGACAAAUAUACGUCUGUAAAGGAGACAAAGCACUGCCCUGCAGUGGAGCUGAGAUGUAAAAGUUCCUUGAAGCUGGUUUGCCGACAUUCUUUAAAUGUCUGGAGUACACACCCUACAAUAUGUGUAAUUGUUGUUUUAAGACAACAAAUUAAGUCUUCCAAGCUUUUCCAUAACCCAGGUGGGACUUGAACCCACAACCUCCAGCUCUGGAGGCUGAUGCCUUUUCCAUUAGGUUGCAGCAUGAUUUUAUUCAGGUUCAGAACUGUGUAAAAGUAGAUAAUAGUUUACAAAGAGACAAAACAACAUCAAUAUCCAAUACAGAAGUAAUUUAGCAGAAUUAUACAGGCAAAAAAAAAAAAUCAGUCAAUUAGAAAUAUUUAAACUCAAUCUCUGUUUUAAAACAAUUCACUCAAGUAAAUUUUUUUUACACUUGUUCAUGCCUUUUGAUGAUGUAUUGUUUUAAACUAAACGUUACAGAACUUAAGAUUCCAGUGUGGUUCCAUUAUACCAAAACUGCUGCUGGUUUUCCUUGUUUUCAUCUCCUGACAGAUACCUUUCUACAACAAAAUUAUUUCUCUUCCUUGUAUCCUCUCUGGGGUUUUUACUUCACAUCAGCACACUGUUCACUCACUCCUUUGCCCCACCAGCACAGAUAAUAGACUAAUACACAUAAACCGGAAUCAGACAACUUCUUUAUGGAUUUGCUCCAAUUUUGUGUUUCUUAAUCCUCUUUAUUUGAAAGCAACAAAUGACAUCUAAGUUUUGUCACAAGUGCUCUUCAGAUGUAGUUGUUAGGACUUUCAGCACUGUAUCUAGCUCUAAUGUGAUAGAUUCUGGUAGUUUGUGAUUCUAUUUUACCCUCUUUUAUGAUGCUGAUUGAUGAAAGACUCCAUGAAACCACCCACCACAGCCCUGGGUCACUGCUGUUGGGAUGACCCCCAUGUUCACUAAUUUAACGUUAUCCACAUGUCACUGACUCCUUGAUGGACUGCUCUGCUGCGUGACAGACGUCAGGAGAUUUUAGUCAAAGAGACAAGGGGUUUGAGGGAGUGGGAGGAGGAGAACAAGGGGAGGGGUGCUGCUCGCAUACCGUGAUCUACACUGUGAUCACUCGGGGUAACUGACAUUCUUGAUUCAUCAUCCGACGACCUCACGAGCCGCAUGGCUAUAUAAGCUGGGGGACACUGCUGUUCAGAAAACAACCUCAAGAAACUGACCUCAGUUCAUCACCAAAGAUCUUGUACAGCCUAGAUUAAUCAGCAGUGCCCUCAGUGCCUUGACCGACUCCCCCAGCCUCAGCAUGCUGCCUGGGAGAGACGCUGCUGUCCGGCAGUGCAUCCUGACAAGCCGCUGGCUGCCCGCAGCUCUGACGCUGCUCCUGCUGCUGUCCUCCAGCUUCAGCCGCGCUCAGAGCACCACGGUGGAGCACGACUUCCACAUCGUUCACAACGUAGACAACAGAAGUCCAGAGAUAGACCCAUUCUGGUACGUGGGCCGUGGAGUGCGACCCAUAGGGCGCUUUGGGAAGAGGCACAGCAGCAUGGAUGCUCUUGGAAACAGUGGGAUGCAGCCUGUCCUAAGGACUUUGGAGCUGCUGCUCAACAGCCUCAGAAAAAAGGAAAACCUUGAAAAAGUAAUCAGUGGAGAGGAAAAUGUUUGGUUACCAUGACACCAUGUUCUUGCCUUGUCCACAAACCUUUUUUUAUUCUCUUAACUGAAGUUGUACAUUCAUUUCUUUUAAUGUAAGCUAUGAGGUUAGCCAUACGUGCAUAAUUCAUUCAUCAUAAAGUAUUUACACAUGAAAGAAUACAAUGUAUAUUUAUCAAUAAAUAAGAAUGUUGUUAGGA